AUGAUGCUAUUCUCAAGAUUUAUUGGAAAAGAAGAAGAACUUCCGAUUAAUAAACUGCCACCCGAAAUUCUUGGCAUCAUUUUUUCAAAGGUACGUUUAUUUAUUGCAACCAUAUUUUAUAUUGGACUACUGUAGUAUUUUUUGAACUUGGUAAAAAAAAACAUUUUUUUGCAAUUUUCGAAUCAUCAUGUUUUUCAGCUUGAAUACAAAGAUGCUCAGAAACUCAAAAACUCGUCAACGUCUUUAUUAAAUGCCUAUAAAUCAGAACGUCGAAUGAUAGAUGGUCCAGAUUGUGAUGCUCAUGUUUAUUACAAAAACAAGGAACUUCGAUUAGUAAUAACAAUUUGGCGAAAAAUUCGAUGGACAAGAACAAUUCCAUUGAAUCAAUGGAAAUCUUAUUUUCAAAAUGCAAAAUGCGGAACAUUUGAUAUGACUGUAGACGAAGAAAUUCCACUCGAAAUUUUAAAGAACAUUUUGUGCUGUAAAUCAAUCAGGGUUUUUGACUGUUUUGGGAAAUCAAUGAAUCAGAUGACAAUUGACCUUAUUGCAAAAUAUCAACCUAAAAGCUUUAAAUUCAUUGAAAAUGAUUGGAGUUCACAAAUGUUGGAAUUUACCAAAUAUUCAAUCGUUACGGUAGAAUGUUCUAAAAAUGUCGAUGAUGUUUUUGAAGCAAUGAAAUUCACUUAUAAUUUGAUAAUUAGUUUAAAACCGGAAAGUUAUGAAAAAAACGAACAUUCGUUAAUUGUGAGUUUUUUGUAAUCUUCUUCGAAAUAUCAUAGUGUUCAUUGAAGUAUUGAAUUCGAAUCCAUGUCAUAGUUUCAUAUUAUAAUUUUGUAAUCUUCAGAAACUCAAAUAUAACAUUGAUGAUAAAUACAAGCCUCACUUCGUAUUCAAUUUCGCUAGAGAUACAAAAGAACAACAAGUUGAAUUGAUCGAGAAUUUUUUGGAGAACAGUGUUUCGAAUAUUUAUGGAGCUGGUGUGAAAUGGCAACUUAUAAAUGGAUAUAAUGACGUUCAUUUGUUGUAUAUGCGCGUCCCGAAUGUUUAA